CAGUGUGCACACCUGAGACACUGGCAGUAUGACGUGGCUCAGACCUUCCCUCAAACGGAAGAGGAGGUGGCGGUGGAUUUGCACUCGCACAGCCACAGGUGGAAAAGGAACUUGGACCCUCUCAAGGCGGUAGAUACGAAUCGAGCAAGUACGGGCCAAGACUCUCCAGAGCCCAGAGGCUUCACAGACCUGCUACUGGACGAUGGGCAGGACAACAACACCCAGAUCGAGGAAGACACAGACCACAACUACUAUAUAUCUCGGAUAUAUGGUCCAUCUGAUUCUGCCAGCAGGGAUCUGUGGGUAAACAUAGACCAAAUGGAAAAAGAUAAAGUGAAGAUUCAUGGAAUAUUGUCCAAUACUCAUCGGCAAGCUGCAAGAGUGAAUCUGUCCUUCGAUUUUCCAUUUUAUGGCCAUUUCCUACGUGAAAUCACUGUGGCAACUGGAGGCUUCAUAUACACUGGGGAAGUUGUACAUCGAAUGCUAACAGCCACACAGUACAUCGCACCUUUAAUGGCAAAUUUCGAUCCCAGUGUAUCCAGAAAUUCAACAGUCAGAUAUUUUGAUAAUGGCACAGCACUUGUUGUCCAGUGGGAUCAUGUACAUCUCCAGGAUAAUUACAACCUAGGAAGCUUCACAUUCCAGGCAACCCUCCUCAUGGAUGGACGUAUCAUCUUCGGAUACAAAGAAAUUCCUGUGUUGGUCACACAGAUAAGUUCGACCAAUCACCCAGUGAAAGUGGGGCUGUCUGAUGCAUUUGUCGUUGUCCACAGGAUCCAACAAAUUCCCAAUGUUCGAAGAAGAACAAUUUAUGAAUACCACCGAGUAGAAUUACAAAUGUCAAAAAUCACCAACAUUUCAGCUGUGGAGAUGACCCCGUUACCAACAUGUCUCCAGUUUAAUGGCUGUGGCCCCUGCAUAUUCUCUCAGAUUGGCUUCAACUGUAGUUGGUGUAGUAAACUUCAAAGAUGUUCCAGUGGAUUUGAUCGCCAUCGGCAGGACUGGGUGGACAGUGGAUGCCCUGAAGAGUCGAAAGAGAAGAUGUGUGAGAAUACAGAACCAGUGGAAACUUCUUCUCAAACCACCACAACCAUUCGAGCGACAACCACACAAUUCAGGGUCUUAACCACCACCAGAAGAGCGGCGACAUCCCAGCUGCCCACCAGCCUCCCCACAGAAGAUGAUACCAAGAUAGCACUACAUCUAAAAGAUAAUGGAGCGUCUACAGAUGACAGUGCAGCCGAGAAGAAAGGGGGAACCCUCCACGCUGGCCUCAUCGUUGGGAUUCUCAUCCUGGUCCUCAUUAUAGCCGCAGCCAUCCUUGUGACAGUCUAUAUGUAUCACCACCCAACGUCAGCAGCCAGCAUCUUCUUCAUUGAGAGACGCCCAAGCAGAUGGCCUGCAAUGAAGUUUCGAAGAGGUUCUGGACAUCCUGCCUAUGCUGAAGUUGAACCAGUUGGAGAGAAAGAAGGUUUUAUUGUAUCAGAGCAGUGCUAAAAUUUCUAGGACAGAACAGCACCAGUACUGGUUUACAGGUGUUAAAACUAAAAUUUUGCCUAUACCUUUAAGACAAACAAACAAACACAUACACACAAAGGAGCCCUAAGCUGCUAUAGCCUGAAGGAGACAAGAUUUCUGGACAAGCCCAGCCCAAGAAGGGUAAAAGAAAAACUUAAAACUUAUGCUAGAUACCAUUUACACUGAACAUAGAAUUCCCUAGUGGAAUGAUAUCUAUAGUUCACUUGGAACAUCUGUGGACUUAUUUGAAGUAUGACAAGAUUAUAAUGCUUUUGGCUUAGGUGCAGGGUUGCAAAGGGAUUGAGAAAAAAUAAUAAUAAAGCUUUAGUUCAUGAGGGAUCUAUACCUUUUGGUUCAAAUGUUCUUCUCUGAUGUCUCAAAGGUAACUGUGUUCCAAAGCCUGAACUCUUUCACUCAAAAGAGCAAUGAUGAAUGUUUCAAGACGGCUGAGAAAAACCACUCAUGCAGGAGCAAAAACAAACACAAAAUAAGAGAUUUUUCUAUCUUUUCCAAACAGAUGUGUGGCAAAAGGACUCUGUUUUUCUGGUCUAGAUCCAUCUGUAUCAACAAGUUGCAUUACUUUACAAGAUGAAUCUUUUAUCUAUACAGGAGGUUCAAACUAUGUCUGCCUCUUCCUUGAUAACAAAUGCCCUUUCUUUAAGCAUUUGGAAAUUUCUGGAAUUUCCAAACUUUUAACUAAUGAUUAGGGAAGAGGGAGUGGCCAAUGAGGCUUUCUGUUCUCCUGCCUCAGAAUACAACAUCUGAUUUAUUGAAAGAAGCAUUGCCUCCACUUCCCAACUGUGAAGUCCCAUGAAGCCACACUUGUUCUUGGCUGAUGGAAACAAACGGAAUCAGUAUGAAGAGUUCCUUAAUCAUUUUUGAAACAAAAAUGUUAAGGGAUUUUUAACAUUUUUUUUUAUUAUUUUGUGCUAUUUCAGUACUAAAGACCCACUUCAUUGUCAAUUCCUGUCUAAGAAGCCAUUCAAGUCAGCAUGGCGAUAAAAAAGAAAUGAAAGAACCCUGCUGAACCAUACAGUAAUUUUCUUUAAAGCACAUAGUAGUUACAUAAAUAUAUAUAUAAAUAUAUUUUUGUUUAUAACUAACACAAGGCAGGCUCUUGUGAUUCUAAGAGUGCAUUUUUGUCAUCACGACAAAACAAAUGCAAGAUGCAUCACUGCAUUACUUCCAUAGAGUUGUAAAAUAAUCCUUAAUAUUAGAAUAUUUUUAUGUCACUUAGCAAGAGUGGUUCAAUUAAUCACAGUGCCCAUCAUUUUCCUGCCUAUUUGAUCCACUUUUUCAUUCAUGUCAACACCUUCCUUCCCUGGCUCAAUAAAGCAGAUGCAAAAAGCUCCUCGGAUAGAGCCCUCAAUUGCUCUGUAAUCACAAUCCAGAUUUUGAAAAUUCCCCAUGAAUGAAGAAAGAAAAGGCAUCACUUGAGGAGGAAAAUGGUUAAUAUAUAUAUUGAGCUCCUAAAGUUUAAAUUCAGGUACUGCGUGUACAAUGUCAUCAACACCCUGACCCAUGAAACUUUUGCAUUCCGUGCCAAGAAACUGUUGGUUCUUGUAAGGUACAGCAUUCAACAUUUGCAGAUUCAGGUCUCAAGAAACAGAGAUGUCUUAUAAGCAGCACUUUACUAACAGCUUAGCAUCUGUGCACAAUGUCUGACGACCUCAUUCCACUAGUAGAGUAUCACACUUUAUCAUCAUGAUUAUCUGACAUGAACAAGUGCCCUUUCUAGCCCAUAUAUUUUGCUUUACAAUUUUAAGUAUCUGAUGAGGGUGAUAACUUUUUCCUAACUCGUUUAGUUAAUAAUUGCAACAACAAAAAAAUGAAAAGCAAGGUGACUGAAGGAUGUGAUGACAAUCUCUGUAGUAGCUAUGUUCUGCUUAUAUGAAAUAUUCCAACUUAUUCUUGUGGAGUAGGUUUGGUCAGAUAGCAAUAACCAAAUGACUUGCCAAUGUAACUGGUGCAACUGGUAUUCUACAAAUAUGUAAGGAACACAUAGACGACUUCCUUUUAGGAUAAGAUGAUGCUUCUUUCACUAGCUUUUGUGGUAUGUGGCUUCCAAUAGCAAUUGAUUGGCAGUUAUAUAAAUCUUGCAUGUAUAUCCUUAAACAAUUCUUAAUAUUCUUAUACCCUUUGGAGUUCAUCUUCUAUACCUUCAGAGCUCAUCUUCUAUUUUAGAUUCAAAAGAUUUGAUAAUUCUGUAAAGAAAUCAUAAAACCCUCUGAAUCAGUCAGUGAACCAAAGCACCAAGUAAUAGGGAAAAUUUUUUGAAAGUAAAGUAUGGGAAAACUUCCUAACAGAACUAAGAGUUAAAGGUGAAGAAAAGUUUCUGUGGUAUAUGAAUUCUUUAAUGGUAAGGGAAGUGUUGGCUGAAUCCCUUUCUUUCAUGAAGUUUUCAUUCUAUUCUGUAUUUCUGGUUUGUUCUUGGUGCUCAUUUGAGCAAACAUACACACAGUUUCUGGAAAUUCAGAAUGGACACUUAUGCUUUGGACUUUACAUAUAUUAUAUGUUAAAGAGGGUACAUGUGUAUGUGACUUAACAUACUAUAAGUAUAAUAGAGAGAAUAACAAUAACAAUAAAAAAUUAAGAAUUGCAAAAGGACACAAAUUUCUGGAGGUAUCAGAUAAAUGGUGCUAUAGAGGAAUUUAGUUAUUUCAUCUUUAUUAUUUGAAAAAAUAAUAUUAAAUGAUUAAGUAAAGAUAUUGAAAGUCAAGAAAAAUAUCUUAAGCCAGACAGAUGGCACUGACCACAAUGGCGGUUUGUUUAUGAAAGGUUUGGACUUCAAGAUAUGCCAACAAAUAGAAAGAUAAAGAUAAAUGAUAAAGUACAAUUGACCUCCAAUUAUUAUGGUAGUUUGAGAUACGAAGGGCAUUUGCUAAUAUCUUGUAUGUAGCUUCUAGAACUGUGCUGUCUAAUAUUAUAGCCACUAGCCAAACGUGGCUUUUGAAAUGUAAAUUAAUUAAAGUUAAAUAAAAUUAAAACUCAGUUCUUCGGUCACACUGACCACAAUGCAAGUGCUCCAUAGCCACACCUGUCUCAUGGCUACCAUAAUGGACAACAAGGAACAUUUCUAUUAUUGCAGAAAAUUCUAGUGGACAUUGCUGUGGAGGUAUUUCCUUUGAAUUUCUUGUCCUUGAAGAAAAAGGAGGGGAAAGAAAGACAGAAGGUUUGGCAGCACAUCUAUCUAUUGGUCCAGUACCACACAAAUUUGCAUUCAAAGGAAAAUUAGUUUAUCAAUCCAAAAAGCAUUCAAAGACAAUCAAUUCAAUACACUUCUUGAGAAAGUGCCAAAGGAGAAUGCAUUCAAAACACACAGCAAAAUUCCUUAAAUUCCUUUUUGCCCAUCUUAAUAUUUCCUCUAAUAUUUUCCUCACAGGACAUCUAUUCCAACUAUUUCUCCUCUCCUGGGCCAAAGUUGCCAAAGUACUUCAUUCAAUCAGCUCAGUUCUUUAUUACAUAGAGUCACUUAGCUUCUCCAGCUUCUUCUGAUUUUCCAUGUUAUUCUUUACAGCAAAGGGAGGCCCAGGAGCUGACCCAUAAGCUCCUCUUUAGAAAGUGAUACCUCAAACAUAAAUAAUUUCAGAUUUAUUUUAUCCCUAUAACACAAGUGUAAGGGGCUGUGGCAUUAAAAUAUAAAAAUACAUGGAACUUAAUUUUAAUUGUAAAGGUUUGCAAAUGCAGACUAUAUAAAAGGAAUAAAAUUCCUUUUAAUUAUUCUAAUACCCGAUAAUACAUAUUCUCAGAUUAGUAUAAGUUGUCAGUUUUUGGCAUAAAGAAUUCUUACGUUAUUUCCUCAUGAAGGAGUAUAAAUUUAGUAAUGUCCCUAGGAUCUACUGCCCAUUUGGGAAAAAGUUUUGCUAGAAUACAUGCCUUGGUUCAAGACACUUUAAUUCUAUGAUAAGAAAUUGAUAUUUAAAUAAAACUGAAAACUGGAUCCUGUGAUUAUGGUUUCUUCCCUUUGGGAAAUGUUCUUUUGCUUUGUGUUUCUUCAGGCAUUUUACCCAUGUUUGAUUACAAUGUGCUUUAGUAAUUCCAAAAGAUUGCUCCUGUCUUAAUUUUACCAGCCCCACCCACUGUGGCAUCAGCAUUCAUAUACCAGAAUCACAGAUGGCCAUCUAGUCUGCAUUUUACAGAUGAGAAAACUGAGGCCUAAAGAGAUAUACUGCUCUUCCUAGUGCCAAAACUGGGCCUUGAACUGAAAAUGUUUGUUCCAAUUCUCAUUGCCUAUACCCCUUUGUCAGCAAUUAAGGUUAACUAAACAGUUUAGAAAGCGCAGUCCAUCUCAAAACUAACUGUAUUUGCUGUAUUGACCAUCUAUUUGCUGUAUUGACUUUGUACUGUAAUAUGGAACACUGGCUCAGUCUUCCCCAGUCGUGUUGCUGACUUCAGAAAGCUGCUACUAUUACAACCACCAGUGAUUUCAAGGUGUAGCUAUUGAGGGUUCUUCGUUUGGUUUUACACAUCUCCUCCCUUGACCUUCCCCCAUCUGUGGCCAUCUAAGUUAGCAGUCCCAUUCAUCUUUGCCGUUUAACAUUGUGUUGCCUUUGUUUCAUUUCUUCCCAAAUGUGCUGGAAAACAAAUACUCUUUAUAGCAGGUUUUCUUACCACAUAUAUGGUCACAAUUUUUAUUUGCUCUUCAACUAUUUGAACAUUUUUAUUCUAAGGCUUUUUGAGCAAAUAUUGUGAGGUCUAUGGUAUUACCAAUUGUAUUCUGCUAUUCCCUGUGUCUGCAAAGCAUUUUACAUUUUACAGAGCACUUUGAUCCAUCCCCUUAUUUUUUCAUCAUUGUUCACUCUAUUCACUUAAAUAUUAUUGAACACCUACUGGAACCAAGAUACUGUGGUAUAUUGUGAGAAAUACAAACAGUGAGAGGCCACGCAUGUAAACUGAUAAUUAUAACACGAUGAAAUCCUCAAACCAAACUUUGCAAAGAGAUAAGAUCAAUAUUACUCUAUCAAUUUCACAUUCCAAUUUUCUGUUCUGUUUAAGUAAGGAACUAUCAAGUAUUUUCCUGAAAAAUGUUUCUGGAAUAUAAUAUAUCAUUGCACAUAUCUGUUGUUUGCUCUAUUUGAAAGGAUCUGUUAAUCUCAUUUAUGAGAAGAAAAGUUAUUUAAAGUUGUCCCUGACCCAGGGAGACUUUCCAGCUCACUUGUAUUCUUACUGAUUAGGUGCAGUAGUUGAAGUUUGACUUUCUAGCGCCAAUAUUUCUGCUGUGGCUUUUUGAAUUAUCAACAUCACUGCUUUAAGAUAUUCAGAAGCAACAGUGUUUCAUAGGAGCAUUUGCACUUUAGGUGUGUGUGGUUUUCAUGUCAUUUAUUAGACUAUCUCAGCUUUUCACAACAUAGACAUUAUUGACAUUUUAGACAUUCUUUGUUUCAGUGGUGUUGAGGGUGGGUGUGCUCACUGUAGGGUAUUUGGCAGCUUUUAUGGCUUCUGUUGGUGGUAGCAUGCACACAUGUUCCCUACCUUGUGACAACUAAAGAUGUUUCCAGACAUUGCCAGCGUACCCUGGGGUGCAGAGGGAGGUGAGGAGAGAGAUUGGCCAAAAUCACACCUAGUAAAAAACACUAUAUUAUCAAGUGAGCAAAAUAUAUCAAGUCAAAAAAAAAAAAAAAAAAAAGAUGUUUCUCUUUCUCUUGUCACUUAAUCUUCAUCCUAGGUAUGUUUUUUAUUUAUAAGAAGUCUUGAAAUCAUAAACUCUCCAAAUUAGAAGGAGCCACAAAAGUCACACGCGGUUCAACCACAACCCAACAUCACCCUUAUGUAUUUCUCCAUUUCUCAGUUUUACAAAGUUAUUGAAAGGAGAUUGGAAGAUUGAUUAUCUCUGGAAACUGGGAAAUUGGCUUUUUCUUGGCUAGCCAUAAGGCUGUUUGGUAGUUAUGCUCCGCUCCUGUAAUAGCUGCUGCAGUGAUCUUUGCAUUCAGUAUGGGGACUUGAUACUGAAAUCAUACAUCACUAUCUCAGACUUUGCUUUCGGGAGUUUUCUUUUGGGCAUGUCACACAUGUACACAUCUUGUUCUUUAGUCUUUUCCUUAAAAUAUGCACUGAAGCUGAAGUAUGGUGCAUCCAGGCAUUUUAAGUAUACCUAGAUAAGCAUUCUCUUUCUGCUUUCAAUUUCUGAAAAUUUUCCUGUUUGUAUCAUCAGAACAUUCUCUUCCAUUACCUAGUCAGCUGUGGGUUCAUAGCAGUCGUAAUGAUAUCAAGUUUUUAUUGUCCUUCACUAGAAAAAAAAAAACCCUUUGUCCUAAAUAAUAGAAAAUUAUAAGUUUCAGAGUUGGAAUGUUUAAAUCCGUGAAGCCAAAGCUUGUACUCAUUUUAUGUGCCUUAUGUCAGUUUUCGUGUAGGGUCAGUAACUUCCUACAGAUAACUCUGUAUUUGAUCAGUUUGUACUGGUGUCUAUUUUGCACCAAUUGGAAAACUUUGUGAAAUUAUACGAAGACAUCCCCUUAAGAAUAUUCCCAGAAAUAAUAACAAAUCCCCGACUGGAAUAUCAGGCAUCCCUUAUCUCCUUUGCUAAAGACCAACCCAGACUUUGACAGCCUUCAUAAUUACUUACUACAAAUUGCUAAAAUGGAUACACAAUUGGAAACCUUGACUACAAAGUCUACAGCUUUGGAAUACUGACGAGCACACCCAGAGAGAGGUCUCAUAAGACAAUCAGGGAAAUCAGAAAACUUUGACCUUGGAGGCCCUCCCAUGUGUGUAUAAUUUUCUAUUCUACCACUGCUGUAUAUCAGACAGCAUGGUAUUACUUCUUAAGGUUUUGAUUCAGUUGAUCUUCUAGCUUCAACGUAAACUGUAGCACAUCUGCCAACGUAUCACCUGGUGUAACUUUUAAGCCAUCCAAUGGCCACUGCUCUCUCAAUGAUUAUUGUAGAGAAGAUGAUAAUUAUUAAAGCAAAAUCACAUAAUUUCAGGAACCAAUUUUCUAUAACAAGUUUAUGGAAUAUGUCAUCAUUGGUUUCUCAAUAAUACAUUUAUUAUGAAUGACCAAAUUAUAUCUAGAGGAUCAAAAUGCUCAAAACUUGUUAUUAUUCUAAGGUAAUUGCCAGCUCACUAUUUAUGCUAAAAGAUUCUAUAUUACUUUAAAUCCAGGAUAAAAGGCUAGAAAAAAAUUAAAUCAUAAGCUGGAACUCAACUUUUUCUAAUUUCUAAGACUUAUUAAUAUUUGAAAAUAACUCAAAGAAUUUCUUUUUUAAUGAAAUAACAUUUAAAAAUUGACUUGACAGAUAAUGAUCUUAUAUUCAUUUUGAUUCUGGUUGAAAAAUAUCAAUGACUUCUCUUCAUUCCACUGAAGUUUUGAUUUUUAACAGAAGUCUCUCUGUUUUCCUAACAUUACAAAAAUAUAUAUUCAUGGCCAAAGUAUCAUUUACUGACCAUGCAGCUAUAAACCUUCUGUGCCUAUCCAAAAAAUGCAUAGCAUAAAACUAAUUUUAAAGGUUUGCUGUGUGGUCAGAGGUAUAAACAGAGGAAUAAGUGAGUGGAGAUGAUUUGUGGAAAAAAAGUAAAGAUCUAAGUAUACUAUCUAGGCAGAGUUUUCAGUUUCUUCAAAGCAGUGUGCAAAUAAAUAUUCAACGGGGUCAGCACAAAUUUAGGUCAUUCAGGCAUUCAGACAUAAGAGCACAGAUUCUGCAAGGAAUGCUAAGGGACAGGUAUGUGACAUACAGAAAGCCAAGGAUGUGCCCGCUGAGUCUUAAAUGAAGCCGUCACCCACCUGCACGUCUUCCGUGGCAUCAGUCCUAACAUCAUGCCAGCCCUUGCUCCAGGGAAUUGGGUUAUUUAUGGUCAGGGAAUGACCAAAAAGAGACUUUCCAUUUAUCUCCCUCUGACUUAAAAGGCACAAUCAUGUUCUUUGUUUCUGUUUUUACCAGAGACCAUGAGCCAGCCAACAGCACACAGGUAAUAAAAUAAAAUAAACAUAAUUUUCCUAAGGAAAGGAUAAGGGAGGGGUGGUCCCACAGCUGGAUCUCUGGGAAGUUUGACCAGCCCGGUGCCCAUACUCAAGUGCUUUUGUCUAGACUUUGUGGAAAAGCCUAAGAAACCAUGUUAGAGGUAGUUUGGACAAAAACAUACUCAGAUUGUCCUAUUUAUAGCAGGGAAAUAAAAAUUCGAAUUAAGUGUCCUUCAACAGGCUACUUUGAAAAUAACAUCGAGCAAAAUCAGAGCUUCACUUGCAAGGAAAUGUUAAAAUCAUUCUAGGGAAAUCAAUAAAGUCUCUUUAGACGCAGACAUUUUGUGUCUCCCGUAACUCAGUCUCGGGGCCUAGCUGGGAAGAGGGGAAGUCUUUUCAUUGGUUGGUCAAAACAAAUCUCUCAUUUGCCUGAUUUGAGGCAUUUGGACAGUGCCUGGGAAGUACAUUAUUUUCAGAGGAAAAAAGGAGACAGCCUUUUUUUACAUGCCAGCUGGGAUCAUGGGAACUUCAAAUGCCAGGAAUUUACUACUGUUUCUGGUAAUUCUGUUUGUAGUCAUUUGAAACGUUGAAGUGUGAAAAAAGAAGUUGGGCAUUUCGGGGGGAGGGGGCUCUGUCCGUGUUCUAUGCCAGUUGCACCAGCGUGCAGAAUAUUUGUAAUGCAUUUCAAAGUGGAUAUAAUUGUACCCUUUGUAGGAAUCACAAAGCUCACUGUGGUGCUGCUUAAAGAGAACACAGAGGAAAAUCUGACCCUGUAAACCCAGUCCCCCCGCCAAACAAAAGGAAAGACUCUGUGGCUAAGCACAGAACACCACCAGUUAUUUCUCACUGUUUUCAAAAUCCCUAUAUGCCAACCCAAGGACGUGUCUUUCAGGUGAAGGUUAAUUCUGCAGAGGUUUUCCAAAACUUCAUUAAAACAGGGCUUGGAAAACUGAGCAUUUUGAAUUCAUUCCAGUUCUCUGGGCAUCAUUCCUAUUUUCUCUGCCAUGUCAAUGAGACAUUCCAAGGCUGCAUUCUGUCAUGCUAAAAUAACAUGCACAUACUUCCUGAUGACCUUCUGUUGGACGUACCUGAGCCUGCAAAUGUAAAAACAAUUGUAUCUGAAUUUGCACUAAUGAUGUCUGUGAGCAAAAGAAGCGUGACCUCUCUUGGAACCUUUUGUUCAAAUUCAGUAAUUCAGAUGCUACAUACUUCUGCAAGCUUCCUGAUUAUUUUCACUGUAAGACUAACUGUCUAAGUUUGAAUGUAUUUCCUUACAGUCCAUUAAGUUGCCAUCUAUCUUUUACCUGGGGACCAUUAUGAUUGCAAUAAUUGAUUAAUGUUGUCUUCACAUAGCUUCUUAAACCAAGUUUUUCUGCAAUUCUUCUGGUUUUGCUUUCAGUGUGUGGGAAAUAUUUUUUUCCCUACUAAGAAUUUGUUAAGAAAUCCAUUGUAUUGACUGCCACAAUGACCACGAUUCAACUUCAAAAGUGUGGAAGCUGGUGGUCACCAAAUGUUACCUGUGUUCUUGCUGUUGAUUGCUUGUUUCAAAAUUAAAUCAUGUUUUUUGGGUUUUUUUUUUCACUUUCAGUUGGGCUCAACAAAUUUGGGAUUUUAGGAAGGGGAGAAGGGAGCUCUUUGUGUAAUACUGCUGUCAUAUUUGACUACAUAUUAAAAACAAUAAAUGAGCA